AUGGCACAGUUUGCAUGCGUGUUCCGCUCAUCCGCAUUGGCAGCAUUCUCCAACGUCGCGCGCCUGCCGACAGCUCCUUCCAAGCGAUUCGGCGCGCGUUGCCUUUCCACGACCCUCCCCUUGCGAAACGCGUCGACCCAGCCCGGCACACAAGUCUUCCACGAUGUAGCUCCUUUGCGCCAAUUCCGGAGGGGUCUACUUCUCAAGGAUCGUACAGUUGGCCUCGUGCCGACCAUGGGCGCAUUGCACGAGGGGCACCUUUCCCUCAUACGUCACGCAGCAGCCGAGAACACCGACGUCUUCGUGACAGUAUAUGUCAAUCCGACACAGUUCGGACUGAAUGAGGAUCUGGCUUCAUAUCCAAAGACGUGGGAUGCGGACAUGCAAAUGCUACGCAAGCUGGAUCAAGAGUUGGCGAGCGCGAGUAAAGGACGUGUAUCCGCCGUGUUCGCACCCAGCACGAAGAUCAUGUACCCUACGCAACCGCCCGAUAGUAGCAUACCUGGUGUCGGAAGCUUCAUAGAGAUGCGCCCACUCGGGCAGCUUCUUGAGGGAGCGUCAAGACCUGUAUUCUUUCGCGGUGUAGCAACAGUUUGCAUGAAGUUGUUCAACAUCUGCGCGCCAGAACGAGUCUACUUUGGCCAAAAAGACGUGCAGCAGACUGCUGUGAUCAGAAAGCUGAUCAAGGAUUUUCACCUAAACAUGGACUUACGCAUCAUUCCUACGUCGCGAGAGGCAGACGGACUGGCCCUAUCGUCUCGCAAUGUUUAUCUCGGUGCUCGUCGCCGUGCAGUUGGUAUCGUGCUAAACCAAGCGCUGCGGAAGGCUGAGGCACAGUACAAAGCCGGGAAGCGGCUAAGGGGCGACAUACUAUGGCCUGCAGCUGAUCACGGUGACACUACCUUACUCGAACAGGAGGCACUGGCGCCGAGUCGUCGUGCCAAGUUUCAGGUCGACUACAUCAGCCUGGCUGACCCUGACACCAUGGAAGAGGUGGAUGAGGUAGAUGAUACAAGGGGCGCUGUGCUUAGUGGUGCCGUGAAAAUGUUGCCACUUGAGGAGCCUCAAGAGGGCGAAGAGCUGGGGGUCGGCGGAGGUCAGAUUCCUGUGCGUUUGAUCGAUAAUAUUGUGCUAGAUCCUGUCAAAUGAAAGAAGUUGCGCUUCC